AUUCAGGCCUGUGGAGAAAAAGAAGAAGUAAGAUACCUCUUAUGGAUUAGGUUGAGUUGGACAUUGAGAGUACAAGAAUUUUUCCAAAAGCUGGAGAAGGACAUCCGAAUCAAUUACCUGUUUACCCGAAUUGUGAAACUUCUUGUUGUUGAACUCUACUGUACCCAUACUGGUGCCUGCAUAUUUUAUUACCUUGCUACCACCUUGCCUCCCAACCAGGAAGGUUCCACAUGGAUAGGAAGUUUAAACAUGGGAGGCUAUAGUUAUUCCAACUUCAGAGAAAUUGAUCUUUGGAAGCGGUACUGUACAUCAUUAUAUUUUGCCAUUGUAACCAUGGCAACUGUAGGAUAUGGUGAUAUACAUGCAGUCAAUAUAAGGAAAAUGAUAUUCAUCAUGUUUUUUGUCUCAUUUGAUAGGAUUCUUGGUGCUUAUCUUAUCGGUAACAUGACAGCAUUAUUUGUAAAAGGGUCAAAAACAGAGAGGUUUAGAGAUAAAAUGACAGAUCUAAUCAAAUAUAUGAACAGAAACAGACUUGGAAAGGAUAUCCGUAAUCAAAUCAAAGGCCAUUUGUCAUUACAGUAUGAGAGCAGCUACAUUGAGGAUGAGGGUGCUGUUCUUCAGGAUAUUCCAGUCUCCAUACGUGCCAAGAUUUCACAUAAAAUAUAUAAGCCAUUCAUUGACAAGGUCCCUCUUUUUCAAGGAUGCUCACCUGAAUUCAUUAAUCAGAUUGUAAUCAAGCUUCAUGAGGAAUUUUUUCUUCCUGGAGAAGUGAUUAUGGAACAGGGAAAUGUGGUGGAUCAAAUUUAUUUUGUUUGUCAUGGUGUGCUGGAGGAGGUAGGCAUAGGGGAAGAUGGAUCAGAAGAGACUCUUUCACUCCUGGAACGUUACAGGUCUUUUGGGGAAGUUUCCAUUCUCUGCAAUAUUCCUCAGCCUUGCGCAGUGGUAGUCCGUGAACUAUGUAGGCUUCUACGGAUUGACAAACAAUCUUUCACAAAUAUCCUACAAAUAUAUUUUUUUGAUGGAAGGACAAUCUUGAGCAACCUUUUAGAGGGAAAAGAAUCCAAUCUUCGGAUAAAGCAACUGGAAUCUGACCUCACAUUUUAUAUUGGAAAGCAAGAAGCUGAACUUGCUUUGAGGGUAAAUAAUGCCGCGUAUCAUGGGGACUUAUAUCAACUGAAGGGUUUAAUACAAGCUGGAGCAGAUCCAAGUAACACAGAUUAUGAUGGAAGAUCACCUCUGCAUCUUGCAGCUUCAAGAGGAUAUGAAGAUAUUACAUUUUUCCUCAUACAGAAAGGUGUGGAUAUCAAUAUUUCAGAUAAGUUUGGAAACAGUCCCCUACUUGAAGCUCUCAAGAAUGGGCAUGAUCGAGUGGCAGCUUUGCUUAUUAAAGAAGGGGCAUCUUUAGAUAUUGAUGAUGCUGGUAGCUGUCUCUGCAAGGCUGUUGUAAGAGGGGAUUCAGAUUUCCUGAAAAGAUUAUUGUCCAAUGGCGUUGAUCCAAACUCCAAAGAUUAUGAUCUCCGAACGCCGCUUCAUGUAGCUGCAGCAGAGGGGUUAUAUUUGAUGGCAAAAGUAAUGAUAGAAGCUGGUGGAAGUGUUUUCUCAAAGGACAGAUGGGGAAAUACUCCUCUUGAUGAAGGUCGCAUAAGUGGCAACAAGAAUUUGAUUAAGCUUCUGGAAGAUGCGAAACAUGCUCAGUUGUCUGAGUACUCUGAUCACUAUCAGGGAAUCAGAGAUAAAAUGCACACAAGGAAAUGCACAGUUUUCCCCUUCCACCCAUGGUACCCAAAGGAGAAAAGAAGACCAGGAAUUGUUUUGUGGAUCCCACACACUAUCCAAGAGCUUAUUGAGAUGGCAGCAGAGCAGCUAAAAUACUCAGAUGCCUCCUGCAUUUUAUCUGAAGAUGGUGGACAAAUCUUAGAUGUGGACAUUAUUUAUGAUGGUCAGAAGCUGUAUUUAAGUGGUGAAAAUGACCAAACUUGAAUGUUUUGUUUGUUGUAUUUUGAUAUUUGGGCAGCUUGGCCUCUGUUGCAUCACAUCCCCCAAAUUAUAAGGGCCUUCUUCCCCCCA